UUAUGGAUUGUCUGGUUGACUAUUUUCUGACUAACAAUUCAUUGUCCUCACACAGUAUUAUUGACCUUUGCGGUGAAAUCACAAGCUACGGAGAAACUGCACUUCAAAAGUUAGUUCAAGGGAGUCCAGAGCAUUCUAUUUCAGUGCACUUGAAUGGUGUCAGUAAGGACCGCUAUUUAAGUGGUUUUGAUACUCUCACUAAUUUUUCUCCACCCUCAGCCUCAUUAUUAGCUGACGGGAAGACUGCAACACACGAUGAAGUUAUUGCACUAUUAAGCUGUGCGUCAUCAACCACGUUCAACCUCACUGUUAACGACCACGCUGAUAUGCCAGGGGAGUGGGCCAGAGGUGUGGCUAAGGGCUUGGCUAACAGCAGAUCCCUCACUACAUUUAGUCUCACACUUAACAAUCUUACUGAUAAGGGAGCAGAGUGGGCCUUCUAUAUGAGUGAGGGACUGCCGAAGUGCGCAUCGUUAACGACAUUCAGCAUCACAGUUAACAAUCACAUUGACGAGAGAGCAGAUUGGGCCGUCUAUAUGAGUGAGGGACUGCCGUAUUGCGCAUCAUUAACGACAUUCAGUCUCACAGUUAACAAUCACACUGACGAGGGAGCAAACUGGGCCUGCUAUAUAAGUGAAGGACUGCCGCAUUGCGCAUCAUUAACGACAUUCAGUCUCACAGUUAACAAUCACACUGACGAGGGAGCAAACUGGGCCUGCUAUAUGAGUGAAGGACUGCCGCAUUGCGCAUCAUUAACGACAUUCAGUCUCACAGUUAACAAUCACACUGACGAGGGAGCAAACUGGGCCCGCUAUAUGAGUGAAGGACUGCCGCAUGGCGCCUCAUUAACGACAUUCAGCCUCAUAGUUAACAAUCACACUGACGAGGGAGCAAACUGGGCCUGCUAUAUGGGUGGGGGACUGCCGUAUUCCGCAUCAUUAACGACAUUCAUUCUCACAGUUAACAAUCACACUGACGAGGGAGCAAACUGGGCCCGCUAUAUGAGUGGGGGACUGCCGAAGUGCGCAUCGUUAACGACAUUCAGUCUCACAGUUAACAAUCACACUGACAAGAGAGCAUACUGGGCCGACUAUAUGAGUGUGGGACUGCCGAAGUGCGCAUCAUUAACGACGUUCAGUCUCACAGUUAACAAUUACGCUGACGCGAUGGAAUCUUGGGCCGAGGGUAUUAGUGAGGGCUUGGCGAACAGCAGUUCAUUAGCCACAUUUAGUCUCACAGUAAACAAUCAUGCUGACAUGAUGGGAAACUGGGUGAGAGAUAUAAGUAAUGGAUUACAAAAAAACGGUUCAUUAACAACGAUAAGAGUAGCAUUCAGCUUGUACGGUGUGCACAAAAUUCACUAAGAGCUCGUCCAGUCUUCCAAUUCUCUGCUUUGUCAAAUGGGUGUAUGAAACUUCCAAGAGCUAGAAAUUAUCGCUGAAGGAUAUGGUCGCAGUAGAAGUUCACUGAAAUUCCUCAACUUGAAGCAAGAAUUAUUACUGCGCUCGUGUUGCUGGAGAAAUUUAUUUUCUCAUGUAUUAAUGAUGUCAUUUGUAGUUGAUAUUGAAAGUUGGUUUGCACUUAUUAGCCGUGAUAAUUUUUUACCCUUCGGCACAACCUACGACAGUUUGCCAAAUUUUCGAACCAUGAGUAUACAUUAAUCUAUAGCUGAAAAACUGUAUUUAUUUUUACCAAAAGGACAAGAACAUUUGUUGGUAAACACUAGUAAGAAACACGGUCCCACGCGCCUUCUUGCGCGAGGAGCACAUACGAUAUUAGUUAGCCGGAAACGAACUUAUUCAACCGAUGCAUUGAAAACAUCUUGUAUGCCUGCACGAGGCAAGCGGAGAAAUGAAAC